AUGAAUAUUAUCGGAUCAGGCAUGAUUGUGUUCAUUAAUGGUCCUUUCAAAUACCUUCAUUCCAUUGGAGAUUAUUGCGCAGCCAUCUACUGCUCAUCCUUCGGAUUUUGCAUCGCGCUCCUUGCCAACCAUUUCGUAUAUCGAUACAUUGCAAUUUGCAAACCCCAUCAGUUAUAUGAAUAUGAAAGAAUCAGAAUGUUGAAAUUCUCCAUUCUCCCAAUAAUUAUGGGAGUUGGGUGGUUCUUUGCAGUCCAAUAUCUAGGAGCCCCAUCGACGGCAAAAGCUGACUAUCUAAGGACUGAAAUAAAAUCUACGCAUGGUGUUGAUAUCAAUGAUUUAUACUACAUAUCAUUCUUGUAUUAUUAUAAAGAGACAAAUGGGAAAUUUGUGAUUAGCUGGAAGGAUCUUGCUGGCUGCUUUAUUUGCUGCGUCGAAAUGAUAUUCAGCAACACGCUCAUCGUGAUAUGCGGCUGGAAGACAUACAAGUGUAGUAUCGAAGUGGAAGCUGUCAGUCAAAAAACUCAGGAUCUCAACGAUCAGCUUUUCAAAGUUCUUCUCCUUCAAACCGUAUUCCCGGUGGUUCUGAUGUUCAUCCCUGUCGGUUUAUUGUGCGUUCUACCAAUUUUCGAAAUUGACGUUGGGGUAGUCGCCAAUCUUCCCGCGCUCACCGUUUCAAUAUACCCCGGAAUGGACGCUUUCGUUGCGAUACUCAUGAUUCGCGAUUUUCGGAAUGCGCUGAUUUGUUAG